CUAUUUCCUUUGCUAUAGAUUUGGUCCGUCUCUCUCUCUCUCUCUCUUCGGGUACUCUUAGACAUUAUAAUAUAUAAACCCUCUCCCUUCAGAACACUCUGCUCCUCGCCACCAUCUAAACCACAAUAUCCAAACCAUGCCCGAACCUUCUCUCCCAUCCCCUGCUCACCCCGACGUCGAUUCCAUGCUAUCCCGCAAAUUCGGCCGCGAAGUAGCCAACUACUUUUCCGGCUCGCCUCUCAACCGUGUUUCCUUCCUCCGCGCCAACCAUGAUUUCAUCUCCAGCGCAUUCACGCAUCCCGCUACCAACUUCCUCCUUCUCAACAAUCUCGCUCCGCUGACGAAAGAUCCCAGUCACCUGGCCUAUUCCUCUCACUCCGACAUCACGGGAUUGACGGGACAAAACCCGUUUGAGAAAGAUGAGGAGACGAUGAUCAAAGAGUUUAAUUCUUCCAAGACCUUACCCUUAGUUUUAUUCCUGGGCUUGGACGAGCGGAGUAAAGAUAAAGAUGGAUUCAAGCAUGGGAUUUACAGCGGAAUUCCUUAUUUUGCAAUCGAUGUGACCCCAAAAGGAACAUACGAAAACGAAGCAAACAGCGUGGUGAAAGCCAUGCAGGAAAAAGGAUUGGUAUUUCAAGAGGGCAGAAUCCUCAUGAGUCUCGACGCACAAGAAGCUGCGAUUUUCGCCCAGGCACGAGCGCUUCUGGACUGGAAUGCUAGGAAUCCUUUCUGUGGCGGAUGCGGACAACCUACGCUUUCUAUCAACGCAGGCACCAAACGCGUGUGUCCCCCCACCGAUUUCGCCUCUCUCCCCACCGCCCAAGCAGGAACCACCCCCGCAACCCCCACCCAAAGAGCCUCCUGCGCAACCCGCAAGGGAGUAUCCAAUCUCUGCUUCCCCCGCACAGACCCCACCGUCAUCAUGGCCGUCGUCAGCCACGACGGCAAACGCAUUCUGCUCGGCCGUCAAAAGCGCUGGCCGCAAUACUGGUACAGCGCGCUGGCCGGGUUCUGCGAGCCCGCCGAAUCCGUCGAGGAAGCCGUGCGUCGCGAGGUCUGGGAGGAAUCCGGAGUGAAGCUCGGUCGUGUGGUCAUUCAUAGUACCCAACCCUGGCCCUAUCCUGCAAACUUGAUGAUUGGUGCUAUUGCCCAAGCGUUGCCGGAUGGUGAGAAGAUUCAUCUGGAGCAUGACCCUGAAUUGGAAGAUGCGAAGUGGUUUGAGAUGGAAGAGAUUAGGGAGGCGUUGUUGAACGGAACGAGUCCGUUGGGAGAACCAGCUAGCGAGGGGUAUAAGGAGGGAAAUUUAAGGUUACCGUCCGUCACGGCCAUUGCGACGCAGUUAAUUAAGGCGGUUGCAGAGGGUUUUUUGGGUGAGAGUCCUAAGAUUUAAGGGGAGGUGAGAUAUUGUUGGUUGGUUACAUAGAAGUCAUGUGAGCUAGAUUCUGAGGAUAUAGAAAUUAGAAGAUUUCCGCAGUGAUAGGGAUUGUAAGUAGUCUAUGCUAGGUAUCUAGAUGGUGAGAUUACAAUUUGAUGAUCGAUAGAUAUCGCGACACUUGAAUGUCAAAACGAAAUUGAAUAUCCAAAUACACAAUCUCUUCUUUGGAAGUGGGUGAUAUCUAAUGUAAUUGACGAUUAAAAACCCAUACGCUCGCUACCUGAACACCAUACUGCAACAACAAACUGCAACAACAAACUGCAACAACAAACUGCAACAACAAGUAGGCAAUAA